AUGUCGGCAAAACGUAGCAAAACGCACGUUUACUUGACGCUGCAGCAACGAUUCGACAUCUUACAGAAGUUAAAGGAUGGUUGUUCGUUGUCUCAACUGGCUAACGAUUACAAUGUUACUGAUUUAACCAUCCGUCGCAUCAAGACGAAUGCUGCUCAGAUACGACAACAGUUGCAGAUAUCGGCUAUCGUUCACGAUCAAAAGAAAUCGAGAACGCCUGUGUUCGAUGAAUUAGAUGCUCGUCUGCACUCGUGGUUCUUACAGCGACGAGCAAUAGGCGAUCUAAUCACUGACCAACAAUUCCAAAAGAAAGCGAAAGAAUUGAAUAAAGAAUUUGGUGGCCCAUCGUCGUUUUCAGCUUCUAGAGGAUGGAUAUGGAGGUUUAAACGCCGACAUGGAAUACGUUUGCUAAAAUUCCAUCGAGAUAAUACACGAUCGUAUACGAGAGCGGAGGAAGAAUUUUCCCGAUGGUUAUUAGAGAGGCUAAAGAAAGAAAACAUCGAGCUACAGAAUGUUUAUCAUAUGGAUGACACGAGUCUGAUGUGGAAGGCUCUUCCCCAAAAGAUACUGGCUCGCGUUGCAGAAACAAGCGUCACAGGAAUCAAAACAAAAAAGGAUCAAAUCACCGUAGGAUUCUGUGCGAACGCAAUUGGAACGCACAAGCUACCACCAGUCAUUGUAAAUAAAUACGGGCGACCAAGGGCUUUAAGACACUGCCAUGAUCGACUACCAGUCAUUUUCAUGGCUCAAAAAAAUGGUUUCAUGGACCGUAACGUGUUUGCUGACUGGUUAAAAAAUCAUUUCAGGCCGGCCGUAAGGAGGCAGCAAUUAGAAAGGGGUGUUAACGCAAAGGUGUUGCUGUUGCUGCAUAAUUCCGAAAAUCGCGUACUACCGACAGAAGAGGAAAAACAAGACGAUAAUUUCGAAAUAGUAUAUUUUCCGAUGAACGCAACGUCUAUUUUGCAGCCUAUGGGUCAGGGAAUAAUCGAGACUAUGAAAAAAUCCUAUCGCCAUCGGUUGCUAAGGAAAAUCUUGGAGUUUCCUGGCGGACUAGAAGAAUUUUUUAAACAUUUCGAUAUGAAGAAUUGCAUCGAUAUAGUGAACGAGACGUGGACAGACGUAACACAAAUUGAUAUCUGUAAGUCAUGGGAGAAAAUAUUAGCAUACGAAGUAACAGAAGAGGCACGAAGUGAUCGAGAGAAGGACCUUUCCACCAGGUCAACAAUUAACGCCAUUCCGGACAAGCCAAUUCCUCAGCAGGAAAUUGAAUUGUUCAGUAGUUGCACUGAAACAGACGAUAAUUUAGAUUCAGAGGUGUGUGGCGAUCGAAAUCCUGAUAAGACGUACUUUGAACGAGAAUCCCACUUGGACGAUGUAGAUGUAAACAAAAUGUUUAAGAACCUAGUUUCAUGGUCGAAGAGACAACCAGUGUUUAUAGAAAUACAAGUGAAAUCAUUGCAAGAUUUUUAUAAAUAUACACGCAGAUUAUGCAAUCGAUCCCCUGUAAAUUAA